UUCGCCUCUGACUGACAUUGAAUUUGUAGCAACCAGUUACGGUAAAAUACAUUUGUUUUGCAACAUCGUGAACGGCGAGCAGGGAAGUAACGAAGCUGCCCUUGCUGAAUCGCGCAGAUUUCAGCUGUAGUUUGGUUUACCCUAUCGUCACUUGGUGUUUUCAGUCUUUGGAAGAGUGAAAUCGAAGGACACGUUAUGUACAUGUUAUUUAUUUUUAAAAAUGCAAGCAAAGUUCUAGAAGUGGAUUGUCAAGCAAGAAAUAGGCCGUUUCAAUAGAAGAAAAGGUUUUAAUUGAUCAAUACAUUUAGAUCACAAGGUUUCGCUUUCAUGUUAUGUGCUUUAUGCAGCGGAUAUCGGCUGUCUUCAACUGACAGUAUAAAGGAAAUGGAAGUUUUCGCCGCGCUAUUUGUGUCCAUCGCUUGGAUCUUAUGUGCCGACACUGUAGCCAGUGAUUCUAUCAUUCACAUAGGUGCAAUUUUUGAGGAGACUGCCAGAAAGGAUGACAAAAUGUUUCGAUUAGCCGUGGCUGAAAUGAACAUGAAUGAAGAAAUAUUACAGAAUGAAAAGAUAACAUUCUCCGUCAGAUUUGUUGAUUCCAACAACCCCUUUCAAGCUGUUCAAGAGGCCUGUGAUCUUGUGUCGCAAGGGAUAUUGGCUCUUGUCAGUUCCACUGGCUGUGCACCUUCUGCCUCACUUCAGUCCUUUGCGAAUGGAAUGCAUAUUCCUCACCUCUACAUUCAACGAACGCCAGCCGGAACUCCACGCUCACGAUGCUCCAUUGCGAGGAAUGCUAGAAGCAAUGAUUACACACUUUCUGUACGCCCUCCUGACUACUUUAAUGAAGUCGUCCUUAAAGUAAUCUCUGAAUUUUCUUGGCAGAAAUUCAUGAUCUUCUACGAUGAUGCAUAUGACAUUCGUGGUAUUCAAGAAUUCUUGGGUCAAGCUGGACAGCAGGGAAUAGAAGUCUCACUUCAAAAGGUGGAAACCAGCAUAAAUAACAUGUUUACUAGUCUCUUCUCUACGCUUGGUUUCGAUGAGCUCAGCCGAUUUCGAGACAUGCUUCGAAGAGCCCUACUUUUUCUCAAUCCACGUACUGCGAAGACAUUCAUUAGUGAGGCUGUUGAUACCAAUUUGGCAGCUGUUGAUAGUCACUGGAUCUUCAUAAAUGAGGAAAUAAAUGAUGCAGAUAUUCGGGAACUAGCAAGAAGAUUGACUGGAAGAUUGACUGUCAUUCGGCAAACUUUCCCUCUGUCAGAAAGCAAGAGCCAGUACUGUUUAAGAAGCAAUCAUAGGUUUUCUUCAGUGAUGUGUAAUCCUAAAGACCCCUUCACGCAGCAUAUGGAGAUCUCCAAUCUCUAUGUAUAUGACAGUGUUUUGCUGCUGGCUGAUGCCUUCCAUAAGAAGCUUGAAGAUCGAAAAUGGCAUAGCAUGGCUAGUUUGACAUGCAUAAGGAAAAACUCCAAGCCAUGGCAAGGUGGAAAGUCUACAUUUGAUGCAAUUAAAAAGGGAAAAGUGAGUGGAUUAACUGGAAUGCUCAGUUUUAGGGAUGAUGGUACAAAUGCAAAUGUCCUGUUUGAAAUUCUUGGUACCAGUUACAGUGAGGAAAAGGAUAAAGGCAUUCAACGUCUAGGCCUUUGGAGUCCAACUUCUGGAUUGAAUGGGUCGCUAGUGGACCAGAAACUGGAAAACAGUAUGGAAGGAGUAACAUUGCGUGUUGUAACAGUGCUGGUGGCUCCAUUUGUUAUGGUAUCAGAGAACAUGUUUGGUCAACGUAAAGAAUUCUAUGGUUUUUCUAUAGAUGUUCUGAAUGCACUUUCAGAGCAUCUUGGCUUUAAGUAUCAAAUCUAUCAAGCUCCUGAUAAUCAGUAUGGUAAACUAUUAAGUAAUGGAAAAUGGGAUGGAAUGAUAGGAGAACUCAUUAACAAGAGAGCUGACAUAGCAGUUUCUGCCCUGACAAUUACCCCAGAGAGAGAGAAUGUAGUGGACUUCACUGGUCGAUUUAUGGAUUAUACUUUAGGAUUUCUACUUAAGAAGCCAGAACAAAAAGUGGAUAUGUUUACCUGCCUAGAACCAUUUGAUCUAACUGUGUGGGCUUGUAUUAUUGGCACUCUAUUUAUAAUCGGCCUGCUUGUCUGCAUGUUCAGUUGGGUAAAGCCAUCUCCACUUCAGAUAGGAUCUGUGACAUCUACAACAUUGUACAAUGCUGCUUGGCUUGUGUAUGGAUCAUUUGUACAACAAGGCACAGGAGGUGAAGUACCCCUGAACACUUUGGCAGUUCGCUUGUUGAUGGGUUUUUGGUGGCUCUUUGUGUUUAUAAUUAUUUCAACAUACACUGCAAAUCUAACUGCCAUCUUGACCAGUAAUCGUAUUGAAAACCCUGUACGAUCUUUUCAGGAUCUUGCCAAACAAACAGAUGUUCCAUAUGGUACUGUCCUCGAUUCAGAAGUUUUGCAAAUAAUCAAAACCAAGGGUCGAAAUCCAUUUGAACUUGAACAAACAUAUGCUCAUUUGUGGAACAUGAUGAACAAAACAAAUGGUUUGGAGAAUUGUGUAAAGAAAAUUCAUGAUGGAAUUCAAAGGGUGAAGUCUGGAAAUUAUGCAUUCAUCUGGGAUGUUGCAGCUCUGGAGUAUGUUGCAGAGAAUGAACCUGACUGUGCCUUUGUCACAGCAAGGAAUUCUAAAGUCGAUAGAGGCUAUGGCAUUGCUCUUCAGGAUGGCAGCCCUUAUAGGGACAUUUUUUCACAAAGCCUUCUAGAACUUGAGCAAAGUGGUGAACUGGAUGGACUAAAGCAGAAGUGGUGGCCCAAAUCUGGGAAAUGUGAUUUGCAAAGUCAAGCUAAAACACAUGGAAAAGGGGGACCAAUGGACCUACAAAACUUUGCUGGAGCCUUUGUUUUUCUUGCUGUGGGUGUUAUUUUGGCUUUCAUUGCUGCCAUGGUGGAAUCUUGGUGGAAAGGCAAAAAGAAAGCAGAUGCUGUUGGGGAGGAGGGCAAUGAAAUUGAAAUUGGUCAGUUUCAGAAAAAGGCAGACAGCAUCUCUAAAAUCGAUGAACAUUCUCUUAAAUUUUCACCAUCCUUUGUAGACUUAAAUUCUUUUGAACUUUCUAUGAUACCAACUGGUGAAAACCAUGAAGAAUUUAAUGAUUUCAGGAACACUAAUUUGACCAUGUCAACUUUCAUACCUGAGCAGAUGCGGAGGACAAGCACAUGUAGCUUAUCGGCUAAGACUUUAUCUGGAAUGCCAUUGAGUGGCUCAUCCCAACAAACUGCACAAUGUGUAUGUACACCACAAAAUGAGAGGGACUGUAGCAGUCCUUCAUCUUUUCUUUGAACUAAUUAAACUACAGCCCUAUGAAGUGUGAGUUUCUGAGUAUUGUAAGGCAAAUUCUUUUUUUAGAAUGAUUUAUCACAUGUUGUUAUGUUUUGUUGGAUCAGAAUGAUUACGUUGCCAACAUACUAUCUGGAAGGUUAGCAAGCUCUUGCAAUUUCUAAUCACUGGAUCUGGGUUAUUUCUGAUUUGUGUGUACAUGUUUGAUGUAGCAGUCUUUCAUUCUUUAUUCCUAGUUUAAAUAUUUUCCUCUGCCUAUUGUCUAAUUCUUUUCCUAUGAACCAUUUACAGCCUAAGAAAGUGGAAGGUGACCUUCCUUAGCUUCUGUUAGGAUUGUGCUAGGGCAAGGUGAAGAAAUGCCUGCUGAGGAAGUGCCUGGUCUUAGAUAUUCAGUAGACAAUGAAAGUAAGCUAUGUUCAGCAAACAAAUGUAAAAAUAAAAAUUAGAAAUGAAUGAAAUAAAAAACAGAUACAUGAAUUAAGAUACAUGAACCAAGAGAAGGAAGGCAAGAUGAAAGUUGAAAGGAAACUGACUUUACGACAUAUUACGACCUACUUGUGUCCUAAUCUGUUUGAAAUUAUAAAGACAGAGAAUAUUGUGUACUGGCCUAUUUUGUGUGGAUUUACAUGUGCUGCUUAGUUACUUACGUCUAACUGAAAUGCUUCAAACUAAAAGAAAUGUAUAUUACAUGAGUUCUAUAAUGGUUCAAAAUGAUGCACUUUAAGGAAGGUAACAGAAGCAGUGUUAGUUUUAACAGUUUUAUAAUAAAUGAGAUAUAAAUGUUAUA